AUGUACCUUCUACCUUCUACCGCCCUUUUCUCCCUCCUCACCCUCACCCUCCCCGUCACUAUCAACGCCCAGACCCAGACAUCGGCCAAUUGCUCCGUCUUCAACUGGGACCAAAACGACCCUUACCUAGCAACCUACCCGCCUCAGCGCGUCUCAGGCGCUUCAUCAUGCGCUGGUACAUCAGAGAACCUUACCUGCGCGUUGACUGCGGAAGGUGACGGCCAGUAUUCCGCCUCAAACAACAUAAGUGGCCUGGCCACGAUCACAUUCACCUCCGUCGUAGCGGAUACUGUGAGCGAAGAUAGUCUGAUCGCACCCGGCUUCAACGACAGCGUGAUCGGGUCUAUUGAUACAACUCAGAUCUUGAGACCGGGCCAGUCGGCAUACCUCAAUUUCACGGCGUACAAGUUCUGCUAUACCGGAACGGUGGCAAACUGUACCGAGGGUGUGGACAAUGACACUGCCGUCGAGGCUUGUGCCCCGGUCUGGCAUGAGCAGGGGGGUUAUGCGCGUCUCGAUGGAGAGUACUGGGUUGUGAAUAUUAGCGCAAGUGAUGUUGAUCAGUAUGAAGACCCGUAUGCGAACCAGGUUGGCGGUGGAGGUGAUGGUGAGGGUGGUGCGCUUGGAUUGAAGGGAAGCAUGAACAGCGGCUUCGCGGUCUUGGCUGGAUUGGUGGUUCUUAUGCUAGUCUGA